AUGAGGCUGUGUGCCCUGCUAGCCAUGCUGUCAGGUGCCCUCUUGGCAGCCCCUGGGCCUUUGGGUUGGCUGCUUCCUGGCCACAUCCCUCGCUUCAAGCGUCCAGGGGAUGUGGUGCUGGGUGGCAGCUUCUCGAUCCUUCGUUUCUACAAUGCUGUCUCCCUGGACUUCACAGCACUGCCUGCAAGGCAGCCAUCCUCACGUGUGUCCAGCUGGGGCUACCGGGUGGCCCAGAGCUUUGUCUUUGCUGUGGAGGAGAUCAACAGGAGCACCCACCUGCUGCCCAACCUGACACUGGGCUUCUCCAUUCACAACUCUGGGGACUCUGUGCAUGGAGCCAUGCAUGAGACCAUGUCCUUCCUCUCAGGGCAGGAGGAUCCAGUCCCUAACUAUGCAUGCCACUGGGGUCCACCCAGGGUUGCCAUGGUGGGGGACACACGCUCAGCCCUGUCUGUGGCCAUGGCCAGGCUCUUGGGGCUCUACAAGUUUCCCCAGGUCAGUCACUCAUCGACACUGCCCAGCCUCAGUGACAAAACCCAGUUCCCCUCCUUCCUGCGCACCCAAGCAAGUGACUUUGUGUCUUCUCUGGCUGUGAUCCAGCUGGUGCUGAGCUUGGGGUGGUCCUGGGUCAUCAUCCUAGCCCAGGAUGAUGAAUUUGGGCAGCAGGCUGGUGCUCUAGCUGCAAGGGAAUUGGAAAAGGCAGGCAUCUGCAUUGAAUUCCACCUCACAGUCCCCUCCCAGCACUCCCUCGAGAAGAUCACCUGUGUGGUGCAGAAGAUGCAGACCAGCACUGCCACGGGGGUCCUGGUCUUCCUGAACAACUCCAAUUUCAGGCUCAUCCUGCAAAGUCUUCUGGGUUUCCAUCCCCUGGGCCAGGUCUGGGUCAGUGAGGGCCUCCUGCACACAGCACUUGCCCUGGCCACACCAGGCAUCUCCCAGAUUCUGCAAGGUGCAUUUGGUCUUCUGUGCCACAACAGCCAGGUACAGGGGUUCCCCGAGUUCUUUUCCAGCCUCCACCCAAGUCAGAUCCCAGAGGAUGUGUUCCUGGUGAGGUUCUGGGAGGCCACCUUUGGGUGCAAGUGGCCACACGAGAACAGCACAGAGACAGAAGAUGUGCGGCUGUGCACAGGUGCUGAGAGUCUGAGAGGCCAUGAGUUCCCUUUCCAGGACGUGAGUGAAGUGGAUAUCGCAUACACGGCUGUAUACAGUGUCGCCCACGCCCUGCAGGACCUGGUGUCAUGUGAGCAUGGGAGUGGGGUCUGCACAGAUCCACAGCAUCUCCAUCCCUGGCAGCUUCUUCACCCUCUCAGGAAGGUGCACUUCCAAACCCAUGAUGGGACCGAUAUCAUGUUCGAUACCAACGGAGAUUUGGUGACAAAAUUUGAUGUUCUCCAAGGGCAGUGGAACGUCGAGGGCCAGUUCCAGUUUUCCCACAUUGGCACACUAGACCCUCAUUCCUCUCUGGGGAACAGCAUGAUGAUCCUCUUGAAGGACAGUGUCGAGGUGCCCAGCUCUGUCUGCAGCACCAGCUGUGAACCAGGAUUCAGCCAGAUCCCCCGAGAGGGUGUCCCCCACUGCUGCUUUGAGUGCCAUCCCUGCCCAGAGGGACAGUUUGCAGACCAGAGAGACAUGAAGAGCUGCCUUGAGUGCCCUGAGGAGCAGUACCCAAGCCAGACCAGAGACCACUGUAUUCCCAGAACAGAGAACUUCCUGGCCUUUGAUGAGCCCCUGGGCCUUGCACUGACCUCAGUGUCACUGGCACUGGCCAGCUUGGCAUGCCUAGUCUUCGGGGUGUUCCUGUGGUUCCGGCACACACCUGUGGUCAGGGCCAAUAACAGAGCCCUCAGCUAUGUGCUCCUGGUCUCCCUGACCCUCUGUGCCCUGAGUCCCUUGCUAUUCCUUGGCCGUCCCUCACCCACCACUUGCCUCCUGCGCCAGACCACCUUUGCAGUGGUGUUCACUGUGGCUGUGUCCUGUGUCCUUGCCAAGACCCUCACUGUGGUCCUGGCCUUUAGGGCCACUAGGCCAGGACAGAGAGUCCGCAUGUGCCUAGGGAACAGUGCCUCUUCCUCUGUGGUCCUGGUCUCCUCCCUGAUGCAGAUCAUUCUCUGUGGGGUCUGGCUAGGCACCUCCCCACCAUUCCCACACAGAGACACAGCCUCAGAGCCUGGCCACCUUGUGCUCCAGUGUCAGGAGGGCUCUGGCGUGGCUUUCUCUUGCAUGCUGGGCUACCUGGGCCUCCUGGCUAUAGGAACCUUCUCUGUGGCCUUCCUGGCCCGGGACCUGCCAGAUGCCUUCAAUGAGGCCAAGUUCCUCACUUUCAGCAUGCUGCUGUUUUGCAGUGUCUGGACAGCUUUCCUGCCCCUGUACCACAGUGCACGGGGCAAGGCUACAGUAGCUGUGGAGGUCUUCUCCAUCCUGGCCUCUACUGCAGGGCUGCUGGGUGGCAUCUUCCUCCCCAAGUGCUACCUCAUCCUGCUGAAACCUGAGCAGAAUGCCCCGACCAAGUUACAGAUAGCUCGCCAGACUCAGUGUGCUGCAGUUGCUCCCAGAAAUAUGUGUACUCCCAUGUUCUUAGCACAGCGCCCUUGA